AUGGAUGUGACAGAUCCAUAUUUUUCUGUACGAGAAGUUUUAGACAAAUUUCCCACCGACGACAGUGUCAAGGAAUCAAUGGAGCAACGUGAUAUCGAUUACCAUCAAAUUCAUGUCAAUAUAUUGCAUACUGUUGGAGAACUGAAUUGUUUAAAGCCAUCUUAUAAUGGACAAGUGAAUACGAACCUCGCCGAGAAAGAAACUUUAUUAACUACACUAUAUUCAAUCGAAAGAGAUACAAAAAAAAAAAGAUUGUAUUUGAAGGAGAAAGAGAUUGAGUUAGAGGAUUUGCAGCAUCUCACCGAAACGGAACGAAAAAUACUGGAUGAGCACAAAAAGCAAUUCGAAUUGCUAAAAAGCAUUAAGGCAAAAAAGGACUCGAUUGGAGAUACUGCGGAUGACCAUUGA